AUGGCAUUUCAAAGGCUUCUUACUGGUAGAAGUCAAAUUUUAGAAGUUUUUUUUUUCAUUCAGGAAAGUGCCUUUGGAAAGUCCUCAACUGCCUUGCCAGUUGAACCAGUUUACAAGAAUCACCAAGGGUAUCCAAGUCUGUUGAAAGAGAUAUGUAUGUCUGUUAUGAGGGAUCUUGAGAGCAAUCACAGUUUUGCCAUCUCUGAAGAGAACAGUACUUAUUUCCUUGAUUUCUAUCUAUUGACCCCUCCAGUAGGGGCAAAUUACCCUUUAUUUCCACACCAAGAUGUUGUGCCUUUAGAAGGCCCCUGCUCAGGUCUUGUGAGUCCAGCAGCAGAUGCUGAACAGCAGCCCAGUGUUGGAAGAGCAAUCAAAUCCCUGGCAGACUACAGUGAUAGGGAGCCUCACCAUGUCCCCAGCACAGGUUACAAAGGAGUUCCUUGGGAUAAUAUGUUUUCUUCUAAAAUAUUGCCUCCAAAAUCAACAGGGGAGAUGUUGGAUGAUCCUGUUUCCCAGUAUUUCACAAAAAGAAGAUACAAUCCCAAACCUAAAAUAAGCCAAGUCAUCGGAGGCUUCUGGGACAGAUUCCAAACAAGAUCUUUUACCUCUCCACAGAGAUCUGGUGGUUUUGUAAGUUAAAGCUCUCAAACCUGUCAUAUCCCUUUGUACAUCUGCUGUGUUGGUGCAGUAAAUUUUGAAGGCAGUGCUGAUGUAGACUUAGUCCAACUUAACCAUGUUCAUACUUCCAAACCUCACUACACAAGCACUGCACACACUCCAAAUAUUCCUGGAUAUUCUGGCAAGGUUCAUUGGUCAGCAACUCACCCAGCAAAUUCUAAUCUUCCAUCAACAGCUCCAUCAGUAAUUGCAGGAAUGCAUGGAUACAUUGCAAAACAUGGAAGUUGA